UAUAAUAGAUCUUAUAUAAUCUUUUAUAUAAAAUGUGAAACGUACACGAUGAUUGAACAAUCAAGAAAAAUUUUAUGUAAAAUGAUACUUAAUCGUAUGCAUCGCCACUCAAUACGGAGAAAGAAAACAAUUUUUAUAAUUGAAGAUUUUAUAUUACAUACAUACCUUUGUAUUUGUACAUUUUUAUACAAAAUUUUAUACAUAAAAUGUUACCUAAAUAUAACUAUUUCUUUUAUGCAAAUGCAUGCCACGUUUGUAAAAAAUUUGGGGGAAAAAUCUCUUUAAAAAGAUGUGGUAAUUGCACUAUGAUCUCUUAUUGUUCCAAGGAACACCAAAAAAUGCAUUGGUCGCAACAUAAAGAUUUAUGCAACGCAAUAUGCAAUAUUUUAAAGGACAAUCAACUAUCAACCUUUUUAAAUAUUCAACAGAAUGUUGAUAUAAAAGCUUGGACUCAAAUGAAAAUGAAUUUCAUGUUACUAGUAGCAAUAAAGGUUGGUAGAAAAUUAGAGCAUUAUGAAGAGCAAAUGUUCAAAUUUCUUAGAUUAUGUGUUGUGUGUCAUGAUCAAAAUAUAAGAGUUCUUGAAGAUUGCCCUAAUUGUCCAAAUACUAGUUUUUGCACAAAGCACAAAGAUGAUAUUGUACAUAAAAGAUAUUGUGAUCUGAUAAAGUUAUGUUUUAAUUUAGAUGUAAUCUCAAUAACACAUGAGAGAAAGAUACCAAAAAUGAGAAUACCAUAUCAUAUAAAUCAUGUAAAUUUACCAAAAAACAUGAAAGAUUUUAUAGAUUCUUACAUUGAACCAUGGAAGAAUUCACAUAUGUCAAUAGUAGAGGAAACAAUGAUUAAUUCAGAAUAUCUUUCACGACCUUUAACAUUUCUUUACGCAAUGCAAAAAUUGCGAUAUCUUUUAAAUGGUAAUAGUUUCAUUGUUCAUAUUAUUGCAGCCAAUAUGAUAGACAUUGAUAGUAUAGAACUUUGGGAAAUUCUCUUACACUGGUUACCAUGCAUUACAACAGUACAAAUUUUUCUAAUAGGACCUGAAUUAUCUAUAGAUUCCGUAUCAGUGAAUCUGUGUAAGGAUUGUCAAUAUGAUAAUAAACAACUUUUAAUUCAAAUAUGUAGUAUGCUUUAUGAGAAUUAUACAAAUGAUGAUUCAUAUGUGAAACCAGAUUUUAUUGUUGGAUAUAAUGCAGGAAUACAUGAAUGUGAAGAUUUUAGAUCUGAAAACUAUUCAUGGAGACAAUCUUUAGAGAUAGUAGCUGAACAAAAUUGCCCAUUGAUUCUAACAUCUUAUACUUCAACAGAAGCAGAAAAAGAACAAAUCAGACUCAAUGAAGUUUUAAACAAUCAUGUAAAGUAUACAUAUUUUGAACAGAAUCCAUUUUCUAGUUUAAGACCAUACAGAGAUUUUGAAAAUGAAGGAAUAUAUUACCAAAACCAAUACAUAAUCAUUUAUGAAAAUUUAAAUAGCUACAGUAAUCGAUAUUUCUAGGUUAAAUUUGUAAUUGAUAUUAUAGGAUGUAUUUUAUACUUAAUUUGAUAUGUUUACAUCAUUGUUUGUAUGAAUUUAUUGUUAAAUAAAUGUAUAAUACUAUUUGUAAAA